UAGCCCCUCCCAAAUUCCCCGGACUUUUAUUUAUUUUUAAAUUUCCAUUCCCCGCCACCCUCACCAAACUCUCUCCGGCCAAAUAACCCCUUAGUAUUCUCCAGAGACAGGCCCCUGGCUGCCAUUGAAGACAACCUUAACUUCUUUGACAUUGUUCUCAUAUCCCUUUGUUACACCAUGAAAGUCAAACUCCAUUUGACCAACUAUUUUCAUUUUCAUUCAUCUCCAACUUCACCCAUCAAAUUUGGUCCUUUCAAUCACUUCGUCCAAAAAAGAUGGAAAAAACCCGCUGAUACAGCCCAAACCCGCUUAGAGAACCGAACCCGGGACCUAAAACUUGACUUGUUAACAUCCCAAACUAGGAAACUCAACAUUGCCCUCCAACUGUUAGAUAUAAUGUCUCAAAGAAGACGACCUUAUGUUUCAGUACAAAUUAUGUCUCGUUGGACUAAUCUUGUUGGUCUUAAUGUUGGUAUGGGUGAUUUCCUACGAGAAUACCCGCAUGUUUUUGAAAUUUUUAUUCACCCUGUUAGGAAGAAUGUGUGUUGUAGUGUUACUGAAAAAAUGAUGGGUUUGAUUGAGGAAGAAAAAUCUGUAUUGAAGGAAUCUGAGUUGGAAAACGUUAGACGAAUUAAGAAGCUUUUGAUGAUGUCAAAAGAGGGUAUGCUUCAUUUACAUGCCUUGAGAUUAGUUAGACGAGAACUGGGUUUGCCACUUGAUUUCCGAGAGUCGAUAUUAAGGAAGUAUAGUGAUGAUUUUAAGUUGGUUGAUCUUGAGGUAGUGGCUUUAGUGAAAAGAGAUGAAUGUUUAGCAGUUUCUGAUGUAGAAAAGUGGAGGGAAAAGGAGUAUAGGGAGAAAUGGUUGAGUGAAUUUGAGACCAAGUAUGCCUUCCCCAUAUAUUUUCCUACAGGUUUUAAGAAAGAGAAAGGGUUUAAUGAAAAGUUAAAGAAUUGGCAAAGAGUGUCUUAUGUGAAGCCUUAUGAAAAAGAGGGAAAGAGAAGUAGAACCAAAGGUGGGAUCGAGCGUUUGGAGAAGAGGGUGGUGGCUAUUUUACACGAGUUUUUGAGCUUGACUAUUGAGAAAAUGAUGGAUGUUGAAAGAUUUGUGCACUUUCGGAAGGAUUUGGGUAUGGAUGUUAAUUUGCGUGAACUUUUGUUAAAUCAUCCUGGGAUAUUCUAUAUCUCCACUAAAGGAGGCACUCAAACGGUUUUUCUUAGGGAGGCUUAUUGCAAAGGUGGUUUAAUUGACCCCAACCCUCUGUAUAAUGUUCAAAGAAAAAUGAUGGACCUUAUAUUGCUUCAUAGACGUAAUACGAAUGAGUUGAAGGUUGAGAAAGUUAGCAAUGAGAAGAGAAAUGCAUCAUCAAGUAAGAUUGUGGAAGGUACAAGUGAUGGAGAUUGGGUAAUUCCUCUUUUAGAGAGAUCUGAUGAUUGAUAUUGCUUUGAGUGUUGCCAUGUUGGUGACAAACUGACAAUCUUAGGGAAGAUGCGAUGGCAUACACACAGAUAUUGAAAGCUGAUUUUGGUACAUCCCGGAAGUCUUAACGCAGCUGUCUUAUGUGCUACUAAGUGGAAGAUCAUGAUUACAGAAGGAAUCUAUUUAUUUCGCAAGAAAUGAUGAUGAUGAAUGAUGAUAAUGGCCCAAGAGUUUGUGGUAGCUUGCAAGUGAAGUCCCACACCAAUGUUCACGAUAAGACAACUCUGCCAUUUCCUAAAUUCAUAUAGUUAUGAAGUGUUAAACUUAAUUCAUAUAGUAAUUAGCUUAUUAAAUUCCCGAUUCGUUCAAAAUGGUCCAAAUAUAGCUCAAAACGGGCUAUAAUUCGCUUUUCUCGAUUCCCGAUUCGCGAGGAUAUCAAGGAAUCAUGUGACGCUGUGUGGAAGUAUAGGACCAUACUGCUAACAGUUGCUUGUCGUGUCUUUGAUAAAUUCAAUUUAGUU